AAAAAUGUACCCACAUGUUAAAUACUAAUUCCUAUAAUUAAGUUUAAUUUUUCUUCUUCCUUGGUCCGGAUCACACUAAACAAAACCAAGAUGAAGUAUUUAGAAACAGUGUAUUUGAGGUGAGAGAAAGGUUCCCACUGACAUACGACAACCCAUUCAUCAUUCAGACCAGAUGACUCAACCCGAGCGAGUUGGCAGAAGAUCAGAAUGGAAAUGUGGUGGCGUUCUUGAUCUCAUUCGGGUUAUGAAACCUCCUGUGGCCUGAAUUCUCUCCUGUUUUACAUUGAUUUCCUCGGACUGGAUUCUUCCUCUGUCUCUCUGCCAAUGUUGAAUUCUUUCCUAAACUCCAACGUUCCUCAAACCAACGGAGAUAUUCUUCCCUUCCUUGCCCCUCUCUUCCCUCACAGCACAAAUCCUCAUUUACGCCUGAUUACUUUAAAUAUUUAUGCUAUGAAAGCUGAACCGAGGGAGUUAGGACGCUGUGGUGUGUGUGUGUGGGUGUGUGUGUGUGUGUGUGUGUGUGUGUGUGUCUCUAUUUGUGGUCACUCUAAUAUGUUAACAACAUGCAGGGGACUUCCUCAAGGCCUCCUGAGUCACGGCCUACUGUUGGUUGCAGCACACAGAGAGGUCCGGGCUUACACACACACCCACACAGGGGUUUGGGACUUUUUCAAACUUCUCGAGAGGGGGAAACCGGGAGAACAACGGGCAACAACCUCUGGUGGUUAAGUGCUUUGCCGUCUGCAGUUUCACGUUUGCCUUAGCCAUGUUUUCCAAGGCCACUGCCAACUUUGUGCAUCAAAUUGACCCGGAGGGAAGCCUUAUCCACGUGUCUCGAGUGAACAACUCAUGCAAGCUGGUUCCAAUGGCGCUCGUGGUGAAGCGCAACCGCCUCUGGUUCUGGCAGAGGCCCAAGUACCAGCCGACCAAUUUCACCCUCAGCGACUUGCUGCUGGGCGACAGGGAGCUCAAUCCUGGGGUGUUUGAGAAAGAGUUGGUGACCUACGAGGGGACGUUUGGAAGCCAGCUCUCUGGGAAGCUGGAAACCAAGGUGGGCCCUGUCGGUGGGACGCUAGAGGGACGGGGCACCUGCGAGCUCCAAUCAUGUUUCGGAAAGCUGAAGAAACAGGAGCUGGAUGUGAGAAAACUCUUACGUGACUCCAGCAACAGGCUUGUGAACAUGCAGCACGUGCUGAUGCAGCAGCUGAAGAAGCAGGCCGAGGUGCUCGCCAUAGUGAAGGAGCGGAUCCUCACCACCGGCCCCUGCUCCAUCACCCAGUCGAAAAACGAGAAGUACAUCUUCCAGGCGGUGCUCAGUCUGGUGGGAAUGCUGGGGAGCUUUGUUAAGUGUUCGCAGGACAGCAACCACGUCGAGAAGGACAGCAAUGUUUCUUUGAAGAUCCCCUCUGACACAGUAAUUGCGUACAGCAUCCUAGAACUAAAGAUUAAGAAAAAUGGACACUACGAUAUAUGCCUGCAACCUGGCACAAUCGGAGGCUUUGAGGCAGACUCGCCCGUUAUGUCCUGCCCAUCCUAUGAUCCCUUCACUGACACGGUGGAUGGCAGUACCUGUCCUGUACCCGUCUCAAAUGCAUGGAGAAACGGAUCACAGGAAGUGGACCUGUCUCCACUGGCGGAGCUCCCCCAGUUGACUCGGCAUGCCUUGUUCGAGAAGCUCCAAGAGACAAUGAAGGACAGAGCUGCUCUGUCAUAUCUGCAGUGUGUGCUGGAGGAGUUGUGCGGCGGUGAAACGCUCGAUACGGCCGAGCAAGAGGAGCUGCUGGAGAGUCAGGGAAAAUCACAUUCCUGCAAAAUGGAGCAGCCCAACUCAGACGACCACUCAGAGUGCAGCCAUUCUGCCGAUGCUGCUCACCUGCACGCAGCUCACCUGUUGGUCAGUGCUAUGGAAGAGUUGUCGGAUGAGACGCUGAGACUCCUGAGUGAGAGUCGUGCAGAUUUCCUCUGGGCCUUCGACAAACUGAUGCGCAGUGUGAGGGAGAGCAGCGUGCCUCUCUCCAUCCAGUGUCUUCCCGUCCCGCUGCAGGACAACCAAGCUUUCCAACUGGCCGAGCAGCUGCUCCGAUCCACCAACGUGACGCUGAAGAGAAACGCUGAGAUCCUGUGGACGGAGACAGAAGACAAAGCGGGAGUCCUCCCUCUGCUCCUCUGCCUCAGCAUACAUGGACUGUCCCUGCUGUUCAAUGGGCUGAAGUAGUGCCUAGUUUUUCUUUUUCUUGGACUAUAUUCUGUCCAUUCCUUUCUUUCUUUGUAAAGUUUAUUGAAUGUAACCUCACUAUAGUUUAUUGCGUAACAUCUUUAUAUCAAUGCUGAUGCUGUUUUUAUUAAUAUCCAAAAUAUAUAUAUAUUUGUAAUACUUAAAGCAAGCGCUUACAUUGUUUUAUAUACAUAUACAUAGUAUAAAAAAUAAUUCUACUUGAUAAGGCUCUUGAGAUAAAUGAGACGUUUAUCUAAAAAUACUUUUUGUUCUGUAUGAAUCCAGUUUAACUGUUUUUAUUUGUCAUUCUUAUGUUCACAAUUGAAAUGUGUCUUAUUCAUCAGUAGGUUGAGAAAACCCACUGAUCUCUGCAGCUAUUUGAUCAACUGAAAAUGAAAUUCUCAGUGAUUAAGCUUAAAGCGGAUCUGAUUUCUUUAGUCAAGCGUUACAUGUCAUAGAUUGCAAGUUUUUUUCUAUAAACUACAAGUUUACAAGUCUGACAUUUGAUGCUUGUCAAUGGUACACGAAAUUGACGCCCGACAUUUGGACGGUGUCAUGAAGGGUUUCGCUUUUUUUGAUGAGGCUGCAUAAUAUCGCCGCAACUGCUUAUUGUCCUCAUCAAUCAUUGUAACUGAGCUAAAUUCUUUUAAAAUAAAUUUAUUAUAAUUAAUAUUCCUUUCAAUGCUGCCAUUGAAGGUUAAGAAACUGUAAGCUAUUACGCUCAAAGGAAGAACUCCUGUUUUUAAAUGCAUGUCGUGUAUUUGCACACAGAAAUUAUUUUAUAAAUCUGCAGACCACUUUCUUUUGUCAUUUGAAAUUGUUAUUUAUGGUUGUUUGUGAAAAAAGCUUUAUUUUAUUUUAUAUGCAUGAAAUAUCUAGAUUUUUUGAUAUUGGUAUAUUUUAUUUUAUUCUUUGCACUCAAGCUGUUGUCUGUGGCAUAACUAUCAAAGCUGAUCACUUUGUCCUACAUAAAUGGCAAAUAAAAUAUAUUUAA